AUGGUCCUUGAAUUUGUAACUGUGCAAAAAAUUAAUCAAAUAAUUUACCUUUUACAAUAUUCGUGUUGCAUAAAUAAAAGGCCAUCAGCAUGUGACCGGUCGGCAAUCAACCAAAUUAAUAUUUUGGCAGCUUUUGUAUCUGUCAAACGUACGCCACGAAUUGUUUACAUGAAUGGGAAAUUGAAUGCUUGGCUAAUUUCAUGUUUCAUGGAUGAGUUUAUCAGUAGUUAUUUAGCAUUAUAUUCAUUUCUUAGUUUGACUCGACUUCGGGUCUUAAUAUCUUCACAUGUGCACCAAAAUUUAGAAGAAUCAGAUAUCGACGUUGAAGCAGAUACUGUAUCGAAUAUUGGAUUGAAAAAAAAGCAUUAUUUAAAAAGUUGA